GUAGUUGGUAAGAAUAUUAACUAUAUAUUUUUAUUUUUGGAAGAGAGAGACUGUGUGUGUGUAUUUAAAGGGAUCUAGAGUGUGAGUAGUAGUAGUGAGCUUAGGUAUAGCUUUGAUAAUUAAGAGAGAAAAUUAAAAAUAAUUAACAGAAUCAAAGAUGGAAAUUAACAUUAUUGCAAAAAAAAGGUUACUAAUAUUAUUGUUGGUGUUGUUAUUGGUAUGUUCUCUAAGCGUUAAUGUGUUAUUUAUUUUGAAGAGAGUUGAAUUAAAUGAGGUUAGUUGGAGUAGAAAAGCUGCAAAGGAAGCUGAAGUAGUGGCAAGCAUAUCUUGUUCUGGCCAUGGAAGAGCCUACAUUGAUAGCACCAUUGUUAAUGUUAACCAACAACAACAACAACAACAACAACAACAACAACAACAACAACAAUUAGGAGGACCUGUUUGUGAGUGCAAUUCUUGCUACGGGGGCCCUUAUUGUUCUCAACUUCUACCUUCUUGCCCUGCAGAUGCCGAUCGUGGAGAUCCAUAUUUCUUAGAGCCAUUUUGGAUGGAAAAUGCAGCUAUGAGUGCAAUCUUGGUGUCUGGUUGGCAUAGAAUGAGCUAUACCUUCAACCAUUCAAGUUUCAUGUCCAUUCAACUCGAAAAUCUAAUUCGAAAUUUGCAUGACAUUGUUGGAAAUGCAAUCACUAAGGAAAAAUACAUUAUUUUUGGGUCAGGCACAACACAACUUAUCAAUGCUGCUAUUCAUGCUCUUUCAAAUCAUAAUUCUUCCUCUCCUUCUAAGAUUGUUGCUUCAAUCCCUUUUUUCCCGCUUUACAAGCAACAAACAGAGUUUUUUCAAGAGGUGGAUUACACAUUUGAAGGUGAUGCAUCAUUGUGGAUGAACAAGAUGAACAACUACUCUAAUAAUAAUAUUACCAAUCUAAUUGAAAUGGUAACCUCACCAAACAAUCCUGAUGGACAACUCAAAUGUGCUCGUUUUCAUCACCCAAAUGCUAAAGCCAUAUAUGAUCGAGUCUAUUAUUGGCCACAUUACACUACAAUUUCAACUACUCCAGCUGAUGAUGAUAUCAUGCUUUUUUCACUUUCGAAACUAACUGGCCAUGGAGGCAGUAGAUUUGGAUGGGCAGUGGUGAAGGACAAGACUGUGUUUGAAAAAAUGGAUAAAUACUUAUCUAUAAACACCAUGGGAGUUUCACAUGAGUCUCAACUAAGAGCUUUGAAGCUUAUGAAGGUAGUUAUAGAAGGAAAAGAAGGGGAGACAUUGUUUGAUUUUGGAUAUAAAACGUUGAGCUAUCGCUGGGAAAAGUUGAGUGAAGUCAUAUCAGUCUCGAAACGCUUUUCCUUGCAAGAAAUUGAGCCAGAAUACUGUAAUUUCUUUCACAAAAUUAGAGGACCUUCACCAGCUUAUGCAUGGUUGAAGUGCCUGAGAGAAGAAGAAAAAGACUGCUAUGCAGUUCUCACAGCAGCAAAUAUAAUCGGUCGUAGAGGUAGCAAUUACGGUGCUGAAGACCGGUACGUACGACUUAGCCUCAUACGGACCCAAGAUGAUUUUGACCAAUUACUCCACCGAUUAAAGAUUUUAAACUCAGAAGAAAACACUGCCAAAUCUAUUUGAUUCUUCUCUUUAUCUUAAAAGAAGACACUGUGGAAUAUCACAACACUACUAGUAUAACAAUCAGGAGAAGAAAACAAAGUCAUGUACUUAAUCAACCACUUUAGCAUUUUCACAUUCAAAAUCUGUCAUUGUUAGGUGGACCAAGAAUCUUGGUCACAGUUGAACUUGUAUUCAUCAUCCAAGUCUUUUAGAAUAUUGGAAAAUAAAUUGUUAAUCAUGUUUGCUGUUCAUAUUUGUCAAGAUUUGAAAGCAAAAUGCUAACCAGUAAAUAGCCAAUGUUAGAUUGAAGAGUGCAAGGUCCUUAUGGAACAAGUUAGACGAAUUAUGAAAAUUACAGCAGUUUAAUAUCAAACAAGGCACUCUUGUAUAUUU